GGCUGUGUAAUAAAGCAACCGCGUUUUUAGUGAAGUCUUAGUUAUGAACACAUAUCUACUAACCAUCACUUCGUUGGACGACAGAAUGGCUGACUCUACGACACACCUUCAUAAUCCGCCGUGGAAUUCCGGAAUCUAAUUUCCGAUUACGCAUGCGCAUACUGCACAGCUACCUACUUGCCCCACCCACACUUUUGAACCCGAGCUGGCGCGGGAAAGACGAUCGCACACUGUGAUGCAGGCAGACAAGAAGUUGCAAGCCGAGAGCUCCAAGUGUAACGCAGUGGCUCAGGAGAGAAUAUGGAAAGAGGCCGUGCACAUGGAAACGACUGCAGCCAAAAACUGGGAAGGUCGCUGGGGGUUCAUUGCAGAGUACGAUCUAAAGGGAGUGCCAGUUGAGAAGAAAGUACUGCCAGAGAAGGUGUCUUACUACACGGACAGUCGAUUACCUCACACGCAGUCAGGGAGUGUAGGGUGCUCCCUCUCGUCCCCUCACUCCAGAACCAUGCUCCAGCUAGAGCGAAUGGGUUAUCACGGAAAGAAAAGAACUGACAUACACAACAAUUACCAAUAUUCAUAAGACAAUUCUCCCUCUUAUUCUCUGCACCACCCUACAGUACUAACAUUUCCCAUUGAAUCAAGUCAUUGGACCAUUUUGUUAUUUAAUUAUUGUGUG